UAUAAUCAAGAAGAACACAGACAGAACCCUUCUAAAGAAUACUAUUUCUCGUGUCUCUUUUCAGUGACUUCAAGAUUAGCAAUGGAAAAAACACUGACAUACAGCCAGGCUAUUGAGCUAGCAGGAAAGUCACACAUUCGCCCUCCUUUGAAGAACGUGAGAGGAGUCCCACUGAAGGAGCCCAUCGCCAAAAACUUUGAGUCUGUCUGGGAUUUCUGCCCCGACCCUACUGACAUCCUCAUCGCGACUUAUCCCAAAGCAGGAACCACCUGGACCCAGGAAAUAGUAGACCUGUUACUUCACAAUGGAGACACAGAGGCAUGCAAGAGGAGCUCCAUAGUUGUCAGGAGUCCAUUCCUUGAGAUAUCCAACCCCUCGCCGAUUCCUUCUGGACUAGACCUCCUUUGCAAAAUGAGUCCACCGAGGAUAAUCAAGACACAUUUGCCCAUCCAGCUUGUCCCUGAGGGAUUCUGGGAAAAUAAAUGCAAGGUGAUCUAUGUGGCCCGCAAUGCCAAGGACAGCUUAGUAAGCUACUACCAUUUUGACAGGAUGAAUGUGACCCAGUGUGAACCAGGGUCCUGGGAAAACUACAUCCAAAAGUUCAUGAAGGGAGAGUUGAGCUGGGGCUCCUGGUAUGACCAUGUUAACGGUUAUUGGAGAGAGAGAGAGAAUAGGAACAUACUCUAUUUAUUUUACGAAGAUAUGAAAGAGAAUCUCCAACGGGAAGUGGAACGCAUCAAGCAGCACCUGGAUCUGUCGGUCACUGAUGAUGUCAUAGCGCACAUUGCGGAGAAGACGUCUUUUGAGGUCAUGAAGGAGAACCCCAUGGUCAACUACACCUUUAGGCCUUUCUUAGACCAAUCAAUCUCUCCUUUCAUGAGAAAAGGGGAGGUUGGUGAUUGGGUCAAUCAUUUCUCUGCCUCUCAGCUGGAGAUUUUUGAUGAACAUUAUGAGCAACAAAUGAAAAUGUCAAACAUUCCCUUUCGGACAAACUUGUAAAUAAAGUGCUGUGGUAGACUGUACAAUACAAUUCAGGACAGUCUAGAGUGACUAGAGUCACUUCAGCUCAUGCCAAAAUAUGAACAAAGAGGAUGAGAUCUACCAAAUGAGAACAACCAAAUUACCUGAUAAAAGUGGAGACAAUGUCAUGUAUGUAAUACAUUUUUUAAAGUUUUAAGUAAUGUACUGUAAACAGUACUUGUAAUUUAAGUACAAGCAAUCAAUAAAAUAUUAUAAUCAUAAGGCUGGUUCAUGUCCAGG